AUGGAUUCCAAUACUGCGGCCGCAAAACGACCCCUGAAACAGGAGGCUUCAACAGCAAACAAGGCCUAUCUGAUCUUCUACAACUUCAUCUCAGCUGUGCAAUGGUCUAUUGUGCUCGGCCGCACCGCCAUGCUUGCCAGUGCCCACGGGCCUGAGCACGUAUAUCCUAAUAUUGGCCAAUAUACAAAAUGGACACAGACUUUGGCUGGGUUGGAGAUCCUGCAUUCGAUGCUUGGCGUCGUUCGCGCUUCCUUUGUCACCACUCUUAUGCAGGUCGCCUCGCGUUUCCUGCUCGUCUGGGCCAUCGUCGACGUCUUUCCCUUCCUCGCCCUCUCGCCCUUUUAUUCGUCCAUGCUCAUCGCUUGGUCCGUCACCGAGAUUAUCCGCUAUUCCUUCUUCGCUCUCUCGCUGUCCGGCUACCAGCCCAAGUUUCUUACUUGGUUGCGUUACAACACUUUCUUUGUGCUCUACCCCAUUGGUAUAUUCAGUGAAUGCAUCCUCAUCUGGUUCGCAACUGAGCCUGCAGGCAACUCCAACGAGCUCUACAAGUGGGCACUUUACGCCAUCUUGGUUAUCUACGUUCCCGGAUCUUACGUCCUGUACACACACUUGAUGAGCCAGAGGCGCAAGGUCAUGCGAAAUCUGAAAGCCCACGGUCAGAAGGCUCAAUAA